CCCAUCAUGUAUAAAAUGCCUUCAGUGAAUGCACCUUAUUAUGAUCUGAACCUCUAUAGAACGUUUUCAUAUCUGAGCUCUUCAAGCUGGAAGUGCAGAUUUUUUGUAGGCUUCAUUUGUUGGUAUAUAUGCAAGCAAGAAUAUUGAAGCAACAAUCUUUACCAAGUCCGAGAGAAUGUUUCACAGAAAGGCACUGAUGAUAGUUGUUUUCCUUAUAUUUUUAUCGGUCUUCUCUCUACCCGUGGAAACUGAAGGAAGUAUCUACAAGAAGAUGGCUGAAGCCAUGAUGCAUCACAUGAUGUCAGGCUGGAGCGACGGGUGGCAAAGCAAGGGAAUCACACUGGGCUUGAAAUCAAAAGGAAUGACGGCCAUUAUUCCUAUUCCGUUGCCAGUUCCAGUUUUCACCAAGGAUAAAGGAGGUGGCGGUGGUGGAGGUGGCGGUGGUAAAGGUGGAGGUGGUGGUGGAGGAGAGAAAAUCAAAUAUAUUCCUAUCCCAGUACCUGCUGGAGGUGGGAAAGAGAGUGAUUGGUGGAGAUAAAAUUAAUUCCCUGAUCAUUACUUUCAGCUGGAUCUGAAAUACAUUUACCUCAUUUCCUUUCAUCCUGUACAUACAUGAACCAUAAUAAAGAUUGUAGAAAUA